AUGGAGCACGCGCUCUGCUCUCCCGCCGGCGCGCCCGGCCGGUCCCUCACCACUACGGCGCCUCCGAAGGACCAGGCGCUGCUCCCUCCCCCGCCCCCGCUGGGAUCGUCGCGUCCCGAGCGCCUCGAGGGCUUCGUCGCGCGGCCUGCCGACAGGACGCCGCGGACGAGGGGCAGCCCCGGCGCCGGAGGGGGCCGCGGCCAUCAGCGCCGCUCGACGCCGCGGAGAUCGCCGUCGCCGCCGCUCCCUCUACCUCCCCCUACCCCGCUCGGAUCGUCGCGCCCCGAGCUGGCCGCUGUGGUCCGCGUCCGCCGCGAGAGCGACCACGACGCGCCGCGUCGAGGGAGUGCAAGGAGGAGCGGCAGCCCCGGAGCGGGAGGGGACCGGCGCCAGCGCCGCUCGACGAGGCGGAGGUCACCGUCGCCGCCGCUCCCGCUACCUCCACCUGCCCCUGCCCUUCCCCUGCUCGGAUUAUCGCGCCCCCAGCUAGACGCUGUGGUCCGCCGCGAGAACGACCACGACGCGCCGCGUCGAGGGAGCGCAAGGAAGAGCGGCAGCAGCCCCGGAGCGGGAGGGGACCGGCGUCGUCAGCGCCGCUCGACGACGCGGAGGUCACCAUCGCCGCCGCUCCCUCUACCUCCCCCUUCCCCUCCCCCCCUCGGAUCAUCGCGCCCCGAGCUGGCUGCCGUGGUCCGCCACGAGAGCGACGACGACGCGCGGCGUGGAGGGAGUUGGAAAAGGAGAAACGACAGCCCCAGAAAAGGAGCGGGAGGAGGCCGCCGCCGGGAGAGGCGCUCCCCGCCACCGAGGUCGCCGUCGCCCGUGCCGCGCAAACGGUCUCGCCGCGGGAGCUCCCGGAACGAGUGCGGGCGAAAUGAAGGCAGGAGCAACCGUUCCUGCAGUCGUUCUUGCUCUCCAGAUAGGCCUUAUUCAGGAUAUGGUGCUGCCACUAUUGGUCAAGAUAAAACUGGAAGGUUAGGAUUAAUGACAUACAAACAAUUUAUCCAAGUUCUUGAGGAUGAUGUUUCACCAGCUCAAGCUGGAUGCAGGUACCAAGAAUACAGGACAGAAUACAUAAAUACUCAGAAACGUGCUUAUUUUGAUCUCAAUAAGAAUGAAGAUUGGUUGAAAGACAUGUACCACCCAACAAAAUUGUUAUCAGUUAUCCGAAGGAGGAAUGAUUUUUGCAAGACUGUAGCGAGGAAUUUGAUCCUUGACCUGCGGAAUGGAACUUUGGACCUUGGUCCUGGAGUGACUGCUGAUGCAGCAAUUAAAUCAGGAGAAGGCAACGAUGGAAGCUCUGAGAAUAAUGCAGCUUAUGGUGACAAGAAAAGAGAACAUGGAAGAGGUCCCAAGAAAGAGAUCGAACUGCUUUCAGCUGCUCCUAAAGCUCAUCCAAUCAGUUCACAGCAUCGAAGGAUUCACACCGACAUACGCCGAACUCUUGCUUUGGUGAAAAAACUUGAUUCAGAGAAGGAUAUUAUGGAAAACAUCCUGUUAACUGGUGAUCAUGGCAAAUCAAAUGUUGAUAAAUCAUAUGUUAGGUCCAUAGCGCCUGUCGUUAUUGUCCAGGGCUUAAAUACUGUUAAGGGCCUUGAAGGUGUUGAGCUCCUAGACACUCUCCUUACUUAUCUGUGGCGUGUCCAUGGUGUUGAUUACUAUGGCAUUGCUGCUGAUUGGGAGAAGAAACUGGAUUCCUUUUGGGAAGAAAGACUGAUGAAUGGUCAGGAUCCUCUAGUUGUAUUGACUGCCAUGGACAAAAUUGAAGCAGCACUUGUUGAAGUUCUAGAGCGUUAUGUCAGAAAAAUGCGGGAUGAGAAGUGCGUCUGUAAGUAUGGUUGUGGAGCCAAGGGAUGCGAAAAACUUUUUCAUGCUCCUGAGUAUGUUCACAAGCAUCUGAACCUCAAGCAUCCUGAUUUGGUCUCUACUUUGGCAUCAAGAGUUGAAAAUGAUAUAUAUUUCCAAAAUUACAUGAAUGAUCCAGAUGCUCCAGGAGGAAAACCGCUUAUGCAGCAAACGGAUAGAAUGAGACGAAGGCUGGAUGAACAGAUGUUUGAUGCUUCUGGUGUAUGGGGUUCACAUGCUCCACUUCUCCCCAUGUGUGCACCUUCACUAGUACUAAUACCUGUGCCUGGUGCUGGCCCAUAUGGUCCAUUUGUUCCUGCACCUCCAGAGAUGGCCAUGCAGAUGAUUCAGAAAGGACUUCCAGGACCAGAUUCUGCUCAAAACAGGAAGCCUUCGGUGCUGGGACCAAUGCUGCCCAUGUACCCAUCAUUUCCGCUUGGCAGUCACAUCUACAGGAGUUACCAAGACCUUGACGCUCCUAUGGAAGAAGUCUCCGCUCUUGACUUUAGAAGUUUGUAG